UAUCUCUGCAGUCUGGGUGGAGAAGUAGUGUAGAACGGGCAGGAGCUGGAUACAGUCAACCAUCCUACCCGGAGACAGAACUCAUUCUAAACCCAACCAUGUAUCUGGAGCUUCCAGAGCAAAUCGGUCAUGGGAGGAAUAACAUGUGAAUUAACAAGAGCCAAGAUGGAGUUGAGGGUUCAGGUUCUCCCACUUCUCUACAUCUUCCUGGGGUACUGCAGUGCAGAGGGGCUACUGGAGGAGACCAGUUCCGUCCCACCUACUCCGACACCUCAUUUUGGCACAGCUCCACCCGUAGAGGACGGAGAACCGGUCGGACCCAGCCUUGGGUUCAUCCUCGGCAUUGUUACAAUCAUCGUCACCAUAUUCUACAUCAUCGGGAUCAGCUUCAAGGUCUUCAAGAUCUUCCGUGGGGAGUAUGAGCCCAGUGAACCGGUUUAUCUCAAAUAUAAAUAAACAAUCAUGAUUCUGAAACUUUAUAUCCUAAAUAUGACAUUUUUGCUCAUUUUAUUAAAGAAUUAUCUAUGCUUAUAAUGCUUACUUGUGUAUGAAUAAUACUCCACAUAGUUCUGGAGGUAAAUUAAUAAAUUAUAUUUAUUUUCA